AAGCCCCGCCCAGCCGUGAAUCCACUUGACCGCAGCGCCACGGAGCUCGAGACCGGAGAGCAUCAUGGCAGGGAUGGAGCUCGCGCCCUUCAGACCGUGGGGUGAUCUCUUCCCUGGGGUUGACCGCUUCUCCAAACCAGAGGUGUCUGAUUUAAGCAAAUGGAAUAACAGAGUGAUCAGCAAUCUGCUUUAUUAUCAGACUAAUUACUUUGCGGCAGCUGUCGUCUUUAUUCUGAUGGUCGGUGAUGUGUGCAGGUGUCUGAACCCGCUGGGCAUGUUUCUUGGUGGAGCGGUCGUGGCUCUGGUCUUCAUGGGCUCGGUGUGGGCAGGAGAGAAUAAAGCUGUGAUCAAGAACUUCAAGAAGAGAAAUCCCACCCUGUUUGUUGUGGGUGUCCUGGGAAUCAGCUACUUCCUGUUGUCCCUGUGUGGAGGAGUGAUAGUGUUUCUCUUUGGUAUCACAUUUCCCAUGCUCCUGAUCCUCAUCCACGCUUCUCUGAGACUCCGCAGCAUGAAGAACAAGCUGGAGAACAAGAUCGAGGGUGUUGGCCUAAAGAAGACACCCAUGGGAGUCAUCCUGGAUCUCCUGGAUCAACAAGAAGAGAAAAUCAACAAAAUCCAGGACUUCCUGGAGAGUAAGCUGAAAGAUUGAGCAUGAAACCAUCACAUACAUGCAGCCACUGGUUCUUCUUCAGUUGUUUUGUGCUUGUUUAGGUCUUGGUUUCACAGCCAAAUACCAAAAUGGAAAUAUUUUUUUUAAAUACCAAAGUGUGAGGAAGUUCCAGACGCAUACAUGUUUGUCUCCAGAGACUGGGACUGAUGACAAUGAUGUUUUAGUCCGUGCAAGUAUAAGACAGUCAUUCCCAGUGCGUAUGCAGCUUCCAUUUACAUUUCGCCUAUUUUUGUUUUUAUUCAGGAUGAAUUAACAUAAAAGUGUAAGCUUUAUAAAGCUGGAAUAGAUUUCUAAAGACAGAAUCACUGAAAGCACUUUGAUAUAUUGUAGAUUUGGUCAUACCCUAUUUUCCCCCAUGGUGAAACAAUCAUCAUCCUUCUGGCGCACAUUUGUAAUAGAAAUUAAAUGUUUUCAUAUGAGCUGAUAUGAUGUAUGAUGGAGGAGUGUGUAUUUAUUGCAUCUCUUGCCAAAUUGCAUGUUCUGAUUCUUUUGGCUAAUAAAGAAACAUCUACGUGCUUCUGAAAUUAAAGCACACACGGCUUGUUUGCUGGUUUGUACAGAUUUAAUAAAGGUGGAAUGUGGAAAAGA